AUGGUCUUUUAUCUUUGCAACCAGAGUCAUGCAACAGAGCAAUUCUUUUUUACAUCUUUCUUUCUUUCUUUCUUUCUUUCUUUCUUUUCUUUCUUUUUCUUUCUUUCUUUUUCUUUCUUUCUUUUUUCCUUUCUUUCUUUAGAUUCACUUAUGUUUUGCCGUUCACCAAGGCAAGAGAAUAUAUUUGUUCUGAAGGAAAAUACAAUUCUUCUUUAUUUUUUCUUUUCCAAUUAUUCUCUCUCUCUCCCUCUCUCUCUCUCUCUCAAGGUCUCUCACUCUCUCUCAAGGUCUCUCUCUCUCUCUCUCUCUCUCUCAAGGUCUCUCUCUCUCUUCUUUCUUUCUGUUUAUUCCAGUCAUGUUUUACCAAUGAUAUUCUUUCUUCCUUCCUUCCUUCCUUCUUUCCUUUCUUUCUUUCUUUCUUUCUUUCUUUCUUUUUCUUUCUUUCUUUCUCUCUUUUUGUUUUUCUUUCCCUUCCGAAUAUUUAAAAUAUAUUUCUUUUGUAUGUUUAUCUUUUAUAUCUUUCCUUAUGCAAUUCAUUACAGUUUCCCUGCAUCCGUUUCGCCACCAUUUUUUCUCCUUGCGCACACUUCAACUCUCUUUCUUUUUCUUACAAGGCAAUCAUCCCAUCUGACCUAA